CUCUCCUGGGCUAGCAGCCAGAAACACUGUCAGUGUAGGUUCCUGAGAGAUCACAAGCAGAGGAUACCGCAGUGCUGCUUUAGAAAGAUCUAACAGCAGCAGAGGGCUUCAUUUCCAGCAGCAGGAAGACUGCAUCACUGCCAGAGGAGGACAGGCCUACCGUACAUGAGAACAGACAAAUGGACAUACGGGGGGACACAAGCUACAGCAGCAGUGGUCAUGCAACCGUGACUGUAACAGUUGGAGAACUGUCUCUGCAUGAAAACAGCUGCUUUAAGAGCUGCGGUCCUCGUAUCCCGUCCUGCGGACAGUAAAAGACCUAUAAGACCUCCCCUCCGAAAUAGUUCCAGAACCUGGCAGUAGCGCCUACAGACAGACACAGCUACGCACUGGGAGAACAGUAGGACAGGGGGGACUCUUCCUUUCAGAGGUCUGCACUGGUGCCUUUUCAUGGGAACCUAGGUGAACGACGGUCCGGUCUAUCCGAUUGAAAACCUCAAAGGUCUCUUCAAGUUGGAUAUUUCCUAGCCUUACCUAGGACUGAAGUGGUGAUCUACCCUGGGUUGGGUUGUGAGGACUGUGUGUGUGUGUGUGGGUGUAUUUAUUAGAGAGAGAGGAAGAGUGUGCGUGUCAGGAUGGACAGCGUCAACAGUGUGAGUGUGAUUGUGUUUGUUGUGCUGUGGAGCUCAUCACACUCAGCCCUGAGUGUCCAGCCCAGGAUAAGGCUCUCCCACAAAGAGCUACGGGAGUUGAACAGGACGUGGGUGUUCCAGGGAUCAGGUCUGUCCCUGCCGCCCCAAACCAUGCUGCUGGAUGAGGCCCAUGAGAGGCUGUAUGUAGGGACUAGAAACACCCUGUACUCCCUCAGCCUGGAUAGAGUUAACCACCAACACAGAGAGAUCGUCUGGGCCAGCUCCGAGGCCCAGGUAGAAGACUGUCUGAUGAAGGGAAGAGAGAAGUCGGAGUGUGCCAACUACAUCAAAGUGUUGCAGCAGUAUAACGGCACUCACCUGUUGGCCUGUGGCACGGGAGCUUUCAACCCUCUGUGUGCCACCGUCAGGAUAGGGCACACAGCGCAGGCCUGGCAGUUUGAGUUGGAGGAGCAGAGUGUACAGAGUGGCAGAGGACGAUGUCCCUACAACCACAACAGCCCAGUUACCUCCACCCUUCACAGAGGAGAGCUGUAUGUUGGCCUAUAUUCAGACUACUGGGAGAAUGACGCUGCUCUGUGCCGAAUCAACAACCACAGCUACACACGUACUGAGAGGGACGACAGACAACAGCUCAACGAGCCUAAGUUCAUUGGGUCAAUGGUGAUUCCUGAUAACGACGACAGGGACGAUGACAAAGUCUACUUCUUUUUCACGGAGAGAGAGGUGGAUGCAGAGGGGGCUAACAAGGCUGUCUAUACCCGGGUGGGACGGGUCUGUGCGAAUGACCAGGGAGGUCAGCGAAUGUUAGUGAAUCGUUGGAGCUCCUUCCUGAAGACCCGUCUCAUCUGCUCUGUGGCUGGACCCAAUGGCAUUGCCACGCACUUCGACGAUCUGGUGGAUGUGUUUCUGCUGAAGAACAAGGAUAAGAAGAAUCCAGAGAUAUUUGGCCUCUUCAGAACAACGAGUUCUGUGUUCCAGGGUUAUGCAGUGUGUAUGUACUACAUGGAUGAUGUAAGGGCUGUGUUUAAUGGCCAGUUUGCCCACCGGGAGAGGCCAGAGCACCACUGGAGCCCCUAUGAAGGAUGGGUCCCCUUCCCACGACCUGGAUCUUGUGCCAGUAAGGUGAAUGGUGGUGAGUUCUCCGGUUCCAAGGAUUUCCCCGAUGAGGUUCUGCGUUUUGUGCGUUCCCACCCUGCGAUGUUCAGCCCGGUCCUCCCUGUCUACCGGAGACCUGUCCUACUGCAGACAGAGCCAGGGGGAAGGAGACUUACACAAAUGGCUGUGGACCGGGUCCAGGCCCAGGAUGGACACUACCACGUAUUGUACAUUGGAACAGACGACUCUGUUGUGUUGAAAGUUAUAACCAUAUACAAUACAGACACAGACACCAUAGAAGAAGUGCUGCUGGAGGAACUGCAGGUGUUUAAGGUCCCUGUGCCAAUAAAUGAGAUCAUAAUAUCAGCUAAACGGCAACAGCUGUAUGUGGGUUCUGAGGUGGGUGUGGCUCAGAUAAAGCUCCACCAGUGUAACCUUUACGGGUUUGAUUGUGCGGACUGUUGUCUAGCAAGGGACCCUUACUGUGCCUGGGAUGGACUUACCUGCUCACCAUACUAUCCUGCUGGAGUUUACACCAAAAGCAGACGAUUCAGACGGCAGGAUGUUCGCCAUGGCAAUGCUGUGCAGCUGUGCAAUGGGCUGCAGAUUGAUGGGGUGCAGUUCCAGGGUGUAGAGGAGCGCCAGGUGUACGGGGUGGAAGGUAACAGUACUCUACUGGAGUGUACGCCUCGCUCUCUACAGGCCAGAGUACUGUGGUACAUACAGAGAGGUCCGGACAAAGAGGAGGUCAGAGGUGAUGAUCGUGUUGUUAUGACAACCCACGGGCUGCUAUUCCUGCACAUACAGAGUGCGGACGCCGGCAUGUACGUUUGUCAGACGGUGGAACACGGCUACAUCCACACCCUACUGCAGGUCACUCUACACGUGCUGGGAGGACAGAAGGUUGUGACCCUGCUACACAGGACAUGGGAAGAGGGGGGCGAAGGAAAGACGAGGGCAGCCCACCAUCAGCGGUCCAGGGAUAUCUCUCCAGCAUCCGACACUGUCUUCAACUCUGAGCCCAGGUCCAAGAUACCAGGAGCCGUACCACGGCCUUCCCUGGUCCCUGCCCCAGACCUUAAGUCCAUGCUGCCUCCCCCAGCCGCAGGCCCCAAAUCUAGGCCGUCUGGCCGGGUCCGAGGCCUUCAGUCCGGGCUUCCAGGCCCAGUCUCCCAGCUGUGGUACAAGGAGUUCCUCCAGCUGUUGGGCUAUGGGGAUGCUCAACGGGUGGAGGAGUACUGUGAGAAAGUCUGGUGCUCAGAAAAAAGACGCAGGAAAACCAAAUGUAGAUACACGCAACCACCGGGAGGAGGAGAGAGGAUGGGAGGAGGGAGGGGAGAGAGGAUGGGAGGUGGGAGGGGAGAGCCACACAGAGCCCCAAGGCACACCUUGGACACAUGAGAGGAGUGAAGCCAGAGACUAUACAACACACACACACCCGAACACUGGGAGGUAGAAUACCACCAACGAACCUAAAACAUGACACUGUCUCCUUUCAGACUUUAACAUAUCAUUGUCUUCUACCUUCUAAUAUUAACAUUAACAUGCGUGUUUUUUCCCCCUUGUUUCUGGCGGGAACUGUGCUACUAGUAUGUACACACAGUGGCCAGUUUAUUAGGUACACCAUCUAGUAUCAGGUUGGACACCAACAGAACAGCCAGCGAUUGGUAUGGCAACCGCAAAUCUCAAUGGUCCAGAUGUGGUAAUGGGUUUCCCCUGUGCCGGCUUAUUGCAUUUAGCUGACAGGAGUAAAACCAGAUGUGGUGAUUUGUUUCCAUGUCCUAUCCGUGACAAGGAAUUACAACACAUUAAGACAAUCAUUGUUGUACUGUGCUGUUAUUGGCGUGUUUGUGGCCCUCGUGUUAGCAUUCGCACACUUUUGCCGUUCUCAUUUGACUUCAAUCAUCUACAAGCUGUUUUGUGAUUUUAGGACUACUGUGUAUUUUUUGUUUGUUUCUGUUUGUUUCUUGUAAAGGAUAAACCUCAGUUGAGCAAUCCUAGUCCAGGAAGACACUAGAAAGUCUGGCACUAAUGUUCCUACCAUGUUCAAAGUCACGUACAUUUUGACAAUUCUAAUAUUUAAUUCAACAGUGACAGAACAGUACCUAAAGAUGCCUUGGUAAACCUAAUAAACUGGCUACUGAGAGUCUGCUAAGUGUCCCUUGGUACUCGACAUAGUGAAGGCGUGUACAAAAUAUUCCCUGUUUGAAAGGACCAUAGAACCGUCAAUAACAUUUAUGUUUUUGUGGUGGAUUUUCAAAACUCUAACAGCAGAACCAUUGAGACAUUCAAUGGAGCCUGUCACACAUUCAAAACAUUAUGCAUACAUUUUAUCUAUUGACAUACUUUAGCACACAACAGAAGUGGGAUGGUUUCUCAAUCUUUCCUUGCAGUCGCUGUCAAAUAAAGCAUUAAAAUGGCCUACAAUAUGUAGAACAUGUACAUAACAAUAAUAACAAUUGUUAUUGUAGUAGUACAUUAUGGUACUAUAUAAAUGCAUUUAAUACUUUGUAUACAUUUAGACAAACCAGUUUAAAAUCCAAAGGAUUACCAAAUGUUUAAGUGAUUUCUCAGAACAGACAGAUUAAGUAAUAGAAUACUGUAUUUUAAAAAGAGAGAAGAAAGACUAAUCUCUCCUGGCCAUUAAUGAAAUGUGAAAAUGUAAGCGUAAAAAAGAAAAUAAGGUCAUUUGGUAUUAACAUGUAUUUCAAUGUGAAGCAUGUACUUCUUAAUGAAACAUUGGUUAAGCAGGUGAAAAGGAACUAUGGUAUUUUGUGUUGAGGCUACCAAGUCAAUUGGAAAUAUUUCAAACUGAUGUUUUUCGGUGAUCUGUUCUGAGUUCCGUCCCGAAAUGUGUGGAACAGGCACCAAAGCGAUAAAGACAUGUUUGGAAUAAUGUAGUGCUUUUGUAGAUACCACACUUGACAAAGUUAAGGGGCUAGAUAAAUUCUUGGCCUGCUCACGUGGAAAUCCACUAGUUAGGAAAAUGUACAAUGUUCAUGCACAUCAACAGGCAUUUAUUAUUUUGAAAGUGUAAAUAAUUGUUCCAGGUUUCUGCUUUGAGUUUAGUAGUUAUUUCAUUCAUUCAACUGGAGAUGUCACUAUGUUAUGGUUUUACUGCAUACUGGAACAUGAUGAAGCCACACCUCACCUCUCCAUACUUCAUCACAUUGUUUAGUUGGACACUUGACAAAUCGUUAAGGUCUGAUAUUAGAAAUAUAGGUUAGUUCAGAUUAUUUAAAUUAUUACAUACAUUUUGUGUGUGGAUCUGAGAAUAAUAAAUGCCACUGUCCAAAACAAAUUGUUCUUACAAGGUACUGUUGCUGAUGAAGCAUGUAUUACAUUUUAAACGGAAAAGGUGAAUCCCUAAAUACUUUAUAUUAAUCAUUAGAUAUAAAAUUAUAUCCACACUGUAGCUCAACAAAGGCAUUUUCUUUACAAUGCAUGACCACCAUAAAUGUGAAGUUUAUUCAACUAGCCUGUAUAAAGAGCUUAUUGAUUUGUAUUCCUAUCAGCUCCUGCAUGGCUGUCUAUUUCUCUCAGUCUAUCUUCCUCUUUCUGUCUCUGCUUUCAGUAGUGACGCUACAGAUUGAGUUCAUAAUGACCGUAACAGAAGCCAAUCUAUGUCACCACAUUCUCCCUCUGAAAUGAGGAAGAACGCCACAGUACUCAUCCAAGCAUGUCAUUGGCUAGACCAAGGAGACUGCCUCAUGAAUAUUCAGACUUAUCUGAGCAAAUGAAAGGUUUUAAAGUCUGAAAAGAAUCGGACAAUAUGCAUCAAGGCAUUUUUGUUAAGCUUGGGUUCUUCAUGUUUUCGUUUCAGUAGUUCUUAUUUUUAUGGGGUUUUUAUCGUUUGUCACAUUUCUCCACAGUCUGGUAAAUGUUGUAUUGAAAACAUUAUUCAAGAUGAGUGAAUCCUGAAUAUUAUCUAAUAGUUUUAGCCUAAAGAUGUGUAGUUUGUAUGUGUGUGUCUUUCCUAUUACUAGUACUUACGUAUUUAAAUUCCAUAAAUAAACCUCACAUUAAGUGUACUUCCACCAAUGUCCCCUACAGUGUUAAGCUAUCAGUUAUGUGGACACACACACACCCACAGAGCAAGAGCAAUCAGAGAAUGGAGAUCCCACCACCAAUCUGUC